GUUUCUAUCAUUGAACGCAUCCAUUGCACCACCACAUUGAGCUGUCUAGUGUUGAACUGCCGACGGUAGAUACUGAAGUGAAGACGAAAUGAAAAAAAAAAUCAAGCGCAAAUGCUACAGUAGAAAGUUUUUAGUGUACACACGUUAUACAAACACACUUGGUUACACAUUUACUCCCAUAUCAAGCAGAUUUAUAUGAAUUUCACAUUUGAAUUUACGUUCUACAAAAAUAAAAUAAACUCACAAAAUUGUAUAAAUUAGCAUAUAACAAAAACAACUUUAAACCAUAGAAAACCAAGCAAAAUAAGCAAAUAAGUUUGAAUCGCAAGUUGAUUUUUUUUCCGUAAUCAACAGCAAGCCAGAACAAAGGACAAAUUUCAUCGCAACAUUCGACAACAUUUUUUUACGGAGGAUUUAAGCUCAUCAAAUUUUGUGGCUUUUUGUGGUUUUUACACUUAACUAAUCAAUUGAUUCGGAGCGAUUAGCGGUUGGAAAGCCCAUCAACUCAACAUUUACCAUCUCUGACCGAAAAACAACAACUACAACAACAACAGCAACAGUCAGUCAACAGCAAUUCAACACCCGACCGAAAAAUAAAACCAACAACAACAUACGAUAAGCAAAUCGUCAUAAAUUACAAAGAAUAAAAAAAAAGUGUUGUGUUCUCUGUGUGAGUGUGUUUGUUUUCAAAAAGAAGCAAAAACAUUGACAUCCAACCUGGAUGACUUCUGUGUGUAAUGGCAGACAAAAAAAUGAAAGGAAAUGUCUAUAAGAUGUCUCGUAACAAAGACAGAUAUGAAAGCAGCAACAAUCGGAGGCAACAGAUCUUCAUGUCACAAGAAGAUGUGGCUGCAGGACGAAAGUCUAACUGGACUGGUGUUGAAAUAACUGGCAAUGUACGGAAUGUUAGUCCGACUCUAUGGCAAUUCGAGCAUUUGACAGCGUUAUACCUUAACGAUAACAAUUUACUACGACUUCCUAGUGACAUUGGUCAAUUAAUCAAUUUACGUACAUUGGAUCUGUCCAGUAAUAAAUUGAGAAGUUUGCCGGCCGAAUUGGGAGAGUUGAUUCACCUGAGAGAAUUGUUGCUUAACAACAAUUUACUGCGUGUUUUACCGAAUGAAAUCGGUAAACUGUUUCACAUUCACAUUUUGGGACUGCAUGGAAAUCCGUUGCAGAAAGAUCUUCAAUCGAUCUACAAUGAGCCGAAUGGAACGCAGAAAUUGUUGACGUAUUUGCUUGACAAUCUAUCGUCGAUAAUGAAUGUUCCACCACCUCAACGGCCUUGGAUUCCACUUGCUAGACCUAAUCGAACUAGACCGGCAUUUAUAUUUACGGUGAUGUGUUAUAACGUCUUGUGUGAUAAAUAUGCCACCCGACAAAUGUACGGAUACUGUCCGAGUUGGGCGCUAAAUUGGGAGUACCGGAAAAAGGCGAUUUUGGAUGAGAUUCGUCACUAUUCAGCCGACAUCAUUAGUUUGCAGGAGAUCGAAACGGAUCAGUUCUAUAAUUUUUUUAAAAUUGAACUGAAAAAUGAUGGAUAUGAUGGCAUUUUCUCACCAAAAUCCCGGGCAAAGACGAUGGGCGAAAACGAGCGUAAAUAUGUUGACGGUUGUGCAAUUUUCUUCCGCGCAGCGAAAUUUACAUUGAUCAAAGAUCAUUUAAUUGAGUUCAAUCAACUGGCUAUGGCAAAUGCCGAAGGAUCUGAUAAUAUGUUGAAUCGAGUAAUGCCAAAGGAUAACAUCGGUCUGGCCGCGCUGUUGAAAAUCAAAGAGUCAGCAUGGGAUGGUCUGACACCAGAACAAGCACACAUCACGCAGCCGAUUUUAGUUUGUACCGCUCAUAUUCACUGGGAUCCCGAAUUCUGUGAUGUCAAACUGAUUCAAACGAUGAUGCUGAGCAAUGAGCUGAAAACAAUACUGGACGAUUUGAAUCACAGCCUCCGGCCACCGCAUAAAUACGAUGCAAACAAUGUUCAACUGUUGCUGUGCGGUGACUUUAAUUCACUGCCCGAUUCAGGUGUUAUUGAAUUCUUGAGCUCGGGCCAUGUAUCGAUGGACCAUCAAGAUUUCAAAGAGCUCGGCUACAAAUCCUGCUUACAACGAUUGCUCGGUGCCGAUUCACUGACCGAAUUCACGCAUCCAUUCAAAUUGGCAUCCGCAUACAGCGAAGACAUCAUGCCCUACACCAACUACACAUUCGAUUUCAAAGGUAUCAUUGACUAUAUUUUCUAUUCGAAGAACGGAAUGGUACCGCUCGGUUUGCUCGGUCCACUGUCCAAUGAAUGGUUGCGCGAGAGUAAGGUCGUCGGUUGUCCACAUCCACACAUACCAUCCGAUCAUUUUCCGUUGCUCGUUGAGCUCGAAUUAAUGCAUUCAACCAGCCUACAACCUCCGAACGGUCUUCGCAGAUAGCGAUAGAAACACUCACCAAUCAACACCACCACCACCACCACCACCAUCAUACAACAGAGAUACAAUCAAUUGCCCCCGACCAUUGAAUGAUAACUUAUAUUGAAGAACAAAAAACAAGAACAUUUUUGUACCAAUUGCAACAACAACCAAGCAAAGCUGAACAAAAAACCGAAAACAAACAACACACAGACAAAACUAAUUGAAAUUUCAAGAGUAAAUUUGACUAUACUUUAAUCAAAUUUCUGUGAAAGAUAUUAUUUCUUUUGUGUCGAAUUGGUAUCAUGGAAUGAAAUAUUGACCAAGACCAAAAUUCGUGAAGGAGAGAAAGAGUAAAUCCCCAAUUGUACAACUAUCAACAAUAACAAACAAAUGAUCAACAAAAACAACCAUCUGAUCACAUUUCAUUGUUUAAAAAACAUUUUAGAACAGUAAAUUCAUUGCAGCAGAAACAGAAAAAAAUAACAAUCGACCAAAAUGCUAAUAAAAAAUUGUCUUUAUUGUUGAAAAUGCACAUAGAUCAAACAAUGCUUUAGCAUGUAACAUUGUAAACAUCAUUGAAUUUUAAAUUUGUAGUAUGUUGUGUUCCGCCCGAAAACGACAAAAAAAACCAAACUAAACGCUGUCUAUUGGGUUCGAAUCGAUAAUUUUUAAAAUUAUAUUCAGCACCAACAGCAGCAAGUAGACGACGACAUUCAACAUUGAGAUUGUGUAUUAAAGAAUUUGUAUAAAUCUGAA